CAAACAAGCAACCCUGGACAAAGACGCUGUUCCACGAGACUCAGCCCCUAUUUUCUACUGCGCUCUUCCAGAUAUCAUUAUCUACUCAUUCUUCAAUCGCCCCUCGCGCAACGCUUACAGCAGAUCAUGGUGCUUUGCACACCCUGAGGACGCUGCUGAAGAUGUCGAGCAGCAAUCGCUUUUCGCCCCUGGGCCCCGGUCCCUCGGCCGCUACAUCGUCAGCUCCCACAUCGACUCUCAUGGCUUCGGCUCCGCCAGCAGCUCAGCCGUCGCCUCAGCCGUCGCAGUCGCAGUCGCAGGCGCAGCGGACGCAGAAGAAGAAAAAGAACCAUCGCGGCGGCAAGAAGAAGCGGUCCAGGCGCAAGAGCUUUGCCCUCCUGCACGACCAUGACGAGCUGGGCGAGUCCUCGGGGAAUGGCUUCUACAAUGUUUCGCAGGCAAACCUCAGCGGCACGAGCAUCGACAGCGAAACGCUCCUGGACCACAGAGAACAGCAACCGAUGCGAGUUCGCCGCUCGUCGACGAUAGCCGGGCCCGGCUCCUUCCAGAACCCUUUCUCGUCGCUCAGUACCUCCCGCCUUCGAUCCAUGCAGAACGCCCAGAGCGGCGAGGAGAGCCCAUCUGGCCGCUGGGACGAGUCCGCGCCGCUGCUUUCAGAGUCCGUCAGGCGUCCGGCAUCCCAGGGCGUCCCAAGCUACGGUACAAGCGAUGCGCGCCAGGGCCGCAAUCGAAGCCGGAGGACGUCUAGUUCCUCCUCCAAGGCGAGGCUGAGGACCGCUUAUAGCGCAAAGGACAAGUACGACAUCAACCACCCGCCAUCUAUCCCCGGCUCCCCGACCUUUGGCCCGUCGGACGGCAUCGACCUCAAUUUUGGCGAUGUCAUGAUGCGAGAUGAGCUCACCGUGGAGAGCGGCGAUGAGGCGCUUUCCGACGCCGAAGGCACCCAUCGACCCGACCACGAGAUGAGGCUGCCGCCCCAAGCUUCUGGCGACGUCUGUUUCCCUGGGCCAGGCAUGUCCGAUAUGGGCGAUGACGAGGUCCAAUCCCGGUUCGACAAUCGACGACGUUACAGGACGCGCCGGCGCCGCGGUCGUUGGCCGGACCUCUCUGUUUUGGAAGACUGGGCGGAGUUUGAGAAGGAAGACAGCAGCAAUGAGCGACGAGUCAAGACGAUCACAGAGCCGCAGCUCAUCAACGGUCGUCUGCGGCCCGUCCGAAAGGGCUGGUUCCAAACUGAGGAAGAGGCGCCCUUUAGAUUCACAUAUUUCAACGAGGAGUUUCAGAGCACAAUUCACAGCCAGUCCAUAUCAGGGCUCGUCCAACAGGGGACCGAUUUUCAGGGCCUGUUCAUUCCCGAUCCACGUAUUCUCUCGUCAGACGAGGAGAGCGACUCCGAGGAUAUCAUGUCCCAGCCGUCCAAACCGCGAUACUCGGGGGAGGGACUCGAGGCUGACACCAAGCCUCCAACGCGGCAGCCCUCGGUAGACACGAGGAAGGAAGGCUUCAUGUCGCCACCUGCGAGAGACGGAACAAAUUCCAGCUCCAGAUCUGCCUCGAUCCGUGGGAACAAGUCGCCCGACCAUCUUACGCCAAAAGAGAGCAACGACACCAAUAACACGGGCGUACCCAAAGUAUCUGAGAAGCCGGUGCGAUACGGAGAGAGGCCAGUGUGGUGGCUCGACGUACUCAGCCCAACAGAAGACGAGAUGAAGGUCCUGGCCAAGGCCUUUGGCAUCCAUCCUCUCACGGCUGAAGACGUCAUGCUGCAGGAGGCCCGUGAAAAGGUCGAGCUGUUUCGCCAUUACUACUUUGUCAACUAUCGCACCUUUGACCAAGACUUCAACAGCGACAACUUCCUGGAGCCCGUCAACAUGUAUGUGAUUGUCUUCCGGGAGGGCGUUCUGAGUUUCCACUUUUCCGUGACGCCGCACCCCGCCAACGUUCGCCGGCGGAUACGACAGUUGAGAGACUACCUGAUUCUAUCGUCGGAUUGGAUCUCGUAUGCCAUCAUCGACGACAUUACCGACGUUUUCCAGCCCUUGAUACAGAACAUUGAGGACGAGGUUGACGAAAUCGACGACUCCAUCUUACAGCUCCACACAUCGGCAGACAAGCGACUCAACGAUGAGAAGGCUGCCAGAAACGAUGACGCUGCGACUAUUGCAGAUUCGAGCGGUGACAUGCUUCGACGUGUGGGAGAUUGCCGAAAGCGAGUCAUGAGUCUGUACCGGUUGUUGGGCAACAAGGCGGACGUCAUCAAGGGCUUCGCAAAGCGCUGCAACGAGAGAUGGGAGGUUGCCCCCCGAUCAGAGAUUGGCCUGUAUCUCGGCGAUAUUCAGGACCACAUUGUGACUAUGACCUCCAACCUUAGUCACUAUGAGAAGAUUCUCGCCCGAUCACACGGCAACUACCUGGCCCAGAUCAACAUCCGCAUGAACGAGCGCCAAGAACAGACCGCCGACGUCCUCGGCAAGCUCACCGUCCUCGGAACCAUUGUGCUGCCAAUGAACAUCAUCACCGGUCUCUGGGGCAUGAACGUCUGGGUGCCGGGGCAGGAGAGCGAGGGCGACCUGACGUGGUUUGCGUGCAUCACGGCGGGGCUGCUGCUGUUUGGAGUGGCGUGUUAUAUGAUUGCGAAGAGGGUGUAUAAUAUCGUCUGAUUUGAUUUGGUUCUCUUUUGUUGGCUACCUACAGCGCAUCCUAUAUUGGGUCAGAAUGAAUGGCAUCCCUAGAUACAUAGAACAGGAUAUC